AUAACAGCAUAUAAUUAAGAAGAAGCAACAGACGGCAUAUCCGCACGCAAGGAAGACUGGCACACACUAAACUUGGUUCGACAGUGGCAAGAAUGCGAGAUAAAUAGUCCCAUUUGAGCGAGCAGUGUAGCAAGUGAAGGCCCUCUGGUGUGUGAUUGUGUGCGUGCGAUCGAGUCAUCGACGUCGCGGCGAAAAGUCAACUUUUUUUUUCAGCAACGCAGCCCACAGUCGUGAAUAACGAGCGAGCGAGGAGUGCUAACAACAUUAUUCCGCCGCGGUAGGCAUAGUUUUUUAGCAAACAUUCAGGCAUUCGUUUCGUUGAAGCGCCUUCCGUUUCGUACGUCUACUGUUCGCGAGCAAGAUUUCGGUGGAAGACGCGUCCCGAAGGAUCCUGUGCCGCCGAGGAAUAAACGGAAAGGAUCGCGUCUACCCUGCCUUGGUGACUGCCAGUGUACGUGUGUGUGGUACGGGAAAAUAUCUUCCGAUAACGAGAGGAAAGUUUUAGCCUCCGGUGGAUGAUUGUUCAUGUGCUUUUUCCACUAAGUUUUCUUGUGUAGUAAAGUGCUGGUUCCACAUUGUGAUCUAUUUUUUAUGUGUGCAAAUUCCAUUCAGAUAAAGAACCGGAAUUGUUGCUAUUUUUUGUAGCUGCUGAAGCGCUUCUCAUUCGGCUCAUAAGUCCCAAGAAGCAAUAUCAUACACCGUAAUUAGUGCAAAUAGAAAAGUUACAUACGCCCAAUACAAAAAAGAAAAGUUGUGCAAAAGGUGAGAAAUUCAUGUGAAUAACAGCCUCACAAAAGCCUGAAGGAUCCACGUAAAGCGUACCUGGUUUCCAUUCGCGCACCAAGGCUGGAGUUCUUUGGUUCUAGCCUAGCAAGUGUGUGUAGGCGUAGUGACGAAAGAUUAAUUUGUUUGAAAGGUGAAACCCUACUCACUCACCGAAAACCCACGGGGAGCAGCAGCGAUCGCUUUUUAGUAAAGUGCCCAGUAAACUGAAUUUGUGGCUGGUGGUUAGACAGAACAAAAUACUUGAACAACAGCAACAACUAUUCGGUGUGCACAAUGCGUGAGUACAAAAUCGUCGUGCUCGGCAGCGGAGGUGUGGGCAAAUCCGCCCUGACAGUUCAAUUCGUUCAGGGCAUAUUCGUGGAAAAGUACGACCCAACGAUAGAGGACAGUUACCGGAAACAGGUCGAAGUGGACGGACAGCAAUGUAUGUUGGAAAUUUUGGACACUGCCGGAACGGAACAAUUCACGGCGAUGCGGGAUCUCUACAUGAAGAACGGCCAGGGUUUCGUCCUAGUGUACUCGAUCACAGCACAAUCGACGUUCAACGACCUGCAGGAUCUCCGGGAGCAGAUUUUAAGGGUUAAGGAUACUGACGAUGUUCCAAUGGUGUUGGUUGGCAACAAGUGCGAUCUGGAGGACGAGCGAGUAGUUGGAAAGGAGCUGGGUAAAAGUCUCGCUAAUCAGUUUAACUGUGCAUUCAUGGAAACGUCAGCCAAAGCCAAAAUUAAUGUUAACGACAUUUUCUACGACUUAGUCCAACAAAUUAACAAGAAAUCACCAGAGAGAAAGCCCAACAAAAAGAAGAAAUCGCUCUGCGUGUUGCUCUAAGUAAACCACUACGAUUAACAAAGUAAUAAUAAAAAAAUCAAGAACACCCGAAACCGAGGUAAUCAGAAACGAAACAAAAAAAACUCGUUCACAGAUAAGGAUUUAAGAAAGUUAUAAACAUUAUAUUAUUAAUUGAAAAGGGAAAACCAUGUUAAGAUAAUGAAACAAACAAGCGCCGCAAGGAAAUUGACAAAGGGUCGUGUAGCCGAAUGGCGUGCGAGAAAGAAACAACUUAGUUGCAGCAAAACAUAAUUUCAGUGGAAAUAAGAUUACUACCCAUAAUCGCAGAUCGGUCAUAAAAGGAAUAAUGAUCCUAUUGAACAACGGAUUGGUAUGUGAUUAUCGGCAGUUCUCACGCACCUACUUGAUAAUUUUAAGUCAAAUCAACUCUUUUUUGACGAGCACAUAAAACUAAAAAAAAGUUUCACAAUGGAAUUUACGCAAAACAAAUAGAAGAAAAAGUGCGUUGCCACCGCCAUUAUUGUUGAUUGUGAUCUGUUCACCUAUUUCAUAAAACAAACACACAAAUACAAGUUAAUGGAAAUGGACGUUUGUCACUUACUGGAGCAUUUUCUAUAAACACGUGUGUGGUUACUCUUUUUCUAAUCGUGAUCGUUUGGCUUCCAUUUUUACCGAAACCGACACUUUACACUAGCGAUCUGGCAGACAAACCAGCACAGACACGAACACGAAUCAGUGAAUAUAUGUUCUGCUGAGUGUAGGUUAAUAUGUAAAUUGAUGAACAAUAGAGCAAAACAAUGGACUACAAUUUUCGAGCUAAUAAGAAAUUCAAAAUUUCUACUACUUUUCGUUCAGUUAGGAUCACAUCCUUCAUGCACACAUAUGUACACCCGUUACAGACCAGAAAAGAAAGAUGUUCGGAUAAAAGAAACAUACAUUGCAACUACUAGUAUUAUGAAAUUACUUUCCACACAGGAACUGAAACGUAGAGUAGCGACUGGGACAGAAGGAAGGUAAGUUCGACUGUGAAACAAACAGAUUUUGUACUAUUUUUAACGCAAAUAUACUACCUUUUUCUACUGUCAUUUCUCAUCGAGGCGUAUUCCCUAAAAAGGUUAUCCUUCUCGAAAUAAAUCGCAAUAGGUGAUUUUACAGACCAGAGUUUCAACUUCCAACAUCAAAUUUUGGAGUGCCAAACUACUACACAUUCUCACUCACAAUCAAUGCUGUAGAGGCCCCUUAGAAGAAAUACGAUUUCAAACACUAGACUCCUCUUUUUAUUGCUCCUCGCUUUAAACUUUCCCGUUCAAAGAUUCGUUUUUUUUCUCUGCAAUCUGCUGAGGCAUUCCUUAUCUAGUAUCGCCUUUUGCACUAGUUCAAACACGGUUUUAAUGUGAAUACAGAAUUGCUAUCGAAUUGAAAUAAUAAAACUAACAAACUAAAAUCAUAAUCACGAAGGAAACAAAACAAUUAGUCUUUUGUUCGAGUAUUACCAAGUAAUAUACAUAAAAGGAUGAGGAAACAAACGUAAUCAAACAUAAGCUCGUCGUCGUCGUUGUCGUCGUCACAUACCCACACACACACACACACAGAAAGCGUGAGAGAACCGAAAAGGAGUCAACCAAUAAACACCCGCUAUAUAAGAACUAAAGGAAAACACUGAGUAGAACCAGCACCAAGCCUCUUUCUUCAUCCCACUCAGACCGUGUAUCGUUCUGGCCUUGUUUCAAAGAAGUAGCAACAGUAUCGUAAUAGUAGAUAGAUAGUCCUUCCAAUUCAGCACAAGUCGUUCGGGUAAAAAGUAAAUAAUGGCAGAUUAGGUGUAGAAUCCAAGUGACCCCAAUCAAUAACAGCACGAGAAUUUAGUGUAAAAACAGAGCAACUGUUGUGAAUGUGUUUGAACUCCCCACCCACAAGUCGUAGAAGUGAAACAUUAAAAAAAAUAAAACAAGAGGUUUUGAUCUCACUUAAUACAUCCUACUCCUUUCUAUUCGACAUACACUCACGCAGGUCAACGUUCGCAAUUUAACACAUACACACUGUUGAAAAAGAGUAAACGGUCUUAAAGAAUGCUCAGAACUAUUCACUGAAUGAAAAGGACAAGAAUGUUUGUUGUAGCAGCAGUACAGGAUUGUUAUCGUCAUACUAGUUUCAAGUUUUCCCCUAGUAAACUGUCACUGCGAGAAAAAAAAUAGAACUGUUAACCGGAAUUUUAUCUCCUACCGUACAAUAUACCAUAGUGAAAACAAAUGAAUGGUCAAAAGAAUCACAAUCAGUCAUAUUCGCUCUGACGUAAGGAGAAGUAGGAGAACACAUACAUGGAAAGACGUACACACUAACCACACAUCCACACGCGAUCUUCUCACAUACUGAACAAGGAGAAAGGAAUGAAAAAGAUAUAACUGUGUAACCAUGCAAAACAAUCUAUUUUCUAAUGAAUAAUAAGUAUAUAUAUACAAGA